UAAACAAAACACCACGAGCGGAUUUCUAUAGAUGAGUAGAAGGGAAGUCGCUGGAAUUUGAAAAAAAAAAAAAUGUUGUGAAAAUAUUGUGAAAAAAGUGUUACGAUUUGAUUAAUGAGAUACGAUAACGUGGUGAUUUAUUCUUUUGUAAUAACGGUGAGAUCUGCAGCUCCAAUAGAGAAUUAUUAGAAUGGAAAAGAUUUAGAAGUGAUUCUUGUAUCAACAACGUCAAGCUGAGCUUGAAUUGCACCAAAGAUUACAAUAAUCAUUCGUACCCGUAUAUCCACGCAAAGAGCGAACCCUGUCUUCAAACUAACAGUGAUCCCGGUUCCAAGACCAACGAUUCUUACAACAGGAACGAGAUCAAAAACGAAAUCUACAGUAAAAACUUUAUAGAUUGUUACCGUAAAAUUUCCGGAACAAGCCGCAAUAGCCUCGAUAAUAUUACUGCCAAUCCCUGGGGAAAAACUAAAAGUAAUUUCGAAUAUUUUGACGACCAUUCGAAUUUAAGAAGAAGUCGAAGUUUGGCUAGUUCUGGAGAGCAGUUGUACAGUCGACUGGAGCUCUACACGAAUUCGCAAGUAGAUGGUGAAUUGUGUGGAAGAAGAAGGUCACAACUUAUACCGAGAGCCAAGUUAAUUAAAGAGCAUAAUAGGUAUAGAAAUCUGAGCGUCGACAAUCUAAGCAAACCGCCCGAUAAACAAGAUAGAUACAAUAACAGAAGACAUUCGAGUUCGAUUCAAACUCUACAAGAAUCAAGUACAGCAGAGACUUUUUAUUUCGAAGACCAUCAACAUCGUGAGAAUCAACUUCAAGCUUUCACAUCACUUCAAAAUAUUCACGAAAACGCCACGCAAAAAGACAGUUUAAACUCGAAUUUGAACAAUUCUUUGGAUAAUAUUUCUUACGAGGAUUUACCAGAGUUGAGCUUGCCCAAUUAUUAUCCCGAAGCUAAAUACGACACUGAUAAUACUGAUAAUAUUUCAUUAAACGAUAAUAUAUCGACCGCGACUUAUGAUAACGCACAUAAAUAUAAAGAUAUUGGAUACGAAAGCAUCCCUUAUGACGAUAAUAUCGUUUUAACUCCAAAUAAAAAUCUCUACGAUCCACAAGAAGCUAAAAUUCGAACUAUUCGAAAUCCAACUCCAUUUAACGAGAAUUACGGUACAGUAAAUCCUAAUACGAUAAAAACAACAGAAUUACUUACAUCUGAACAGCCAAUUGAAGAAAUCGAUACCAAUUUUGAUGAAAUCAAUUUGGAAAUAGAAAAUAUAACAAAAGCUUCCCACGUAAAUGAAGAAUCUGAUAGCAAUUCUAUACAGAUUGAUGUACAAGAACCAAUAAAAACACUUUUGGAAAUUCCAGGUGGAGAAGAAGAAGGAAACGAACAAUUUAAAACUAUUAUCAGCGUCGACUCGGUUACCGAAAAGAAAAGUAUCAACGACGAAUCCAAAUCUCACAGUCACAAUUACCUACGAGAAUUUUUGGAAAGUCAAAAAGGAUCUAAGAAGCCUCUACAAAAUUUUAUAGCAAAAAAACUAUCGAAUUUAUCACGAAAAGCCUCUAAAACUACAACAAAUUUAACGGAAAAUCAAUUCCAUUCCUUACCAGAUAUAACAGUGAGUAAAAAUUUGAGAAAGUGUGAAAAAAUAGACAGAAAAUUAAGGAAGUGUAACAAAAAUCAAUCGACCCAAUCAAAGGAGAAUAGAUUUAUCGUAAAUAUAGGUAGACAUUUUGAUAUAACCGCUUGUACAACUCCACCAGUAGAUUUUGAAGUAAAAAUUGCCAAAGUACCUAAAAAAGGUAAAAAUAAGAUAACGAAUACCCAAAACGAAACAGAUAAAUUUCUAGAAGCAGUUAAACAAAUUAAAGAUUGUUUAAACGAAAAUAAAAUAAUAAGAAGAUCCCCUAAUAUAGAAUCCGAAAUGGCCUUACUCUAUUGCCAAGACGAGUGCAAUAAAGAACUCCAAGAAAAAAUAGGAUCAAUGAAAAGUUAUUGGAAUAAAGUUAUAGGAACCGAUAAAAUAGAAAAUAAAGAUGAAGAUACGAAAGAAGUUACACCAAAAGUAGAAGAGGUGAAAAAAAUAUUCGAAACAAACAAGGAACCACCACAGGAAAAUUUACUAAAUAAGGUGCAGCUUGUUAAAAAAAUUUUCGAACCUAAACUCACCGAAGAAAAAUCAGGAAAAAUUUCCCCUAAUAUAAAAGAAUCUUGUAGUUAUUUUGAAAAUAAAUCGAAUCAAUAUUAUAACAACGAUAAAUUUAGAAGUUUAUGUCCGAAUUCUGUGGAAAUUGUACAUGCUAAUAAAGAUACAGUCGACGGCGAUAAAUCCAAUAAAUCUCUAAAACAGUCAAACAGUAUUAACGGAAAACCCGAAUUUGAUCACGUCAGAUACAAAUUAAUCAAACCGGAUCUUUUCCAGAAAAAAAUAUUCGCCAAUUGUGGCAAAGAUUACGAAUUUGAUGAUUUGAUACAAUAUCUACAAGAUUACAGUUUUCAAGAGCUUUUAGUCGAUAAUAAUAUUGUUAUAAUAGAACCUAUUAGAUCUAAAGUAUCAUACGAACCUUCACCUUGCGUAAGGAAUAUGAAAAAUGCAACUUCUUCUUUGAAAAAAUCACAAAUAGAGAAUAACGAUAACAAAUCCGGUUUGAACAGAAAAUUCUUUUAUCAUCCUAUUAGAGUGAAUAAAGAAGUGAACGAAGACGAACUUCCCAGUCCUGAUACUGUUCGACAAGUGAGACAACUUUUUGAAGCGGGCACACAAAAAAAUAAAAUCAAAAAUAAAGAGAACGAUACAACAACAAUCGAUCCGGAUAAAGAUCGAUGUUCCGCGACUGAUUCUAAUUCGAAUCCAUCGAAUUUAUCAGAUUUUGGCAGCCAGGAAAACUUAUUCGAUUCGAUAGAUAACAAAGGAAUUUAUUGCGAAUACGUCAGCGAGGAUAUUUUACAAAAAAUAAGAGAACGGGGAACAUCUGUAACUUACUACGGAGGAAGAGUCGUUGACAAGAAAAGUGGACAAUCAGUACUGACUAAAACUAUUAUGGAAGAAAUUAAGUUGAACGAAAAAAGGUGUAUGGAAUGCGCGAAUUGCAAGAAACAUGCAUCUGAAGCGGAAAACGACGAUUAUAUGGGAGUUAAAUUCAAAAUUUUGAAAUCCAACAGUUGCAGUAGUCGUUUAGAAUUGGUCGGUACAGAAAAUCUGAGAGAUAUUAAAAAGAAAAUACUAUCCAAUUAUCACAAAAAUAUUAACGAAAAGAAUAACCUCAAGAAUAAGGACGGUGCUAAAUUAGAAACUGUUAAUAAAAAUAAUGAUGCUAUUAACGAAAGUAUUAAAAAACAAGUAAAUGAUAAUCAACCUAAAAUUAUUGGACAAGAAAUGAAGAUACCGGAAAAUAAAGUAACGCAAUGGAAAGAAAUAAGCGAGAAGACUAAUGAGAAAAUUUAUAAUUAUUACGAAUUUGACAAAGUGCAAGAAAGAUCGAGGAAAAUAGGAGAAAUGGAAUUUGAACAGUAUGAAGUAGCUUAAAUAAUAUAAAAUUGAAUAUUAUUAUGUAAGGUAGUGAUAUUAUUUAUUUGUAAUAUCGAAAUUCAAAAUAUAUAAGCCCUUUCUCGUUUCAAUUCGCAAGAAAAAUUUCAUUGUAACUCGUUAGAAAAUCAGUUUAGAUCUUUUUGGUACUUUGCAUCUAGCAUUUUGUCAACAAUAGUUUUCAAUUUAUUUCGAGAAGAAAUUAAUAACAAUAAUAAUAAUAUAAAUAAAACUUCCACUAAUAUUAACUUCAUCAUUGUUUUUAUCUAUGGUAUAGUAGGGACGGUUUCGAUAAUAGAUAUUCUUCCAGAGUGUAUGAAUUAGCAUACGAGAAACUGAUGGAAUAGAGAAGGAGUACAAAAAUAAAAUCUUUUUCGAAAACUGUACCUUUGGUAUACUUUGAAGAGUUUAACUUAACUUAAACUUUAAAGGCGCCUACUCUUUGAUCACAAUGUUGCGAAGUACUAUCAGUAUAAAAAAUGAUAUUCAUAUAUCCGCGUAUCAAAAAUUACGUUCAUUUUUGAAAAGAAAGCCAGACAAUUACGUCUCCAAAAAAUCAAACAUACGUGCAUUGUUGUACCAUAAAUUUCAUGUUAUUCAGUUUACAUAUUUAUAACAAAAACUCUUGAUUAACUAAUUUUAACAAUUUUUUUAACAAUCGUUAAUUUUUGGUUUACAAAUAUAAACUCUGGAGAUCAAAGAUGCCACUUUUAGAACCCUCAUCGACCAAUUUAACGAUUGGGAUAUGUUGCAUCUAAAUGUCCGAUUGAACUGGAGUUCUUUCGUGCAUGAAUCACUUGUUUUGUCUGAUAUUGAGUACAAUGUCUUCAAGUAGUUCAGGGAAAUCAUUUUUGAGAAAACUGGUGUAAGAAAUUCCAUUCAAUAGCUGAGGCAAUAUAAUCAUUAUUUUUGAAUAAUUAUAUUAAACGUACAAUUAUUAGCAUUACUUUUCUGUAAACACGGUAAUUCAAAAUUACUCGUUGACGUGAUAUUUUUUGAAUUGCUUACGUUAUAAUGAGUUUCUCAGACAAUUUCUGUGUUUGAGUUAUCUGCUUUUUGAAUUUUGUUAGCUAUAUCAAUCUUAUUCUGAGCUGAAUCCUACUACGCCUAAAGCAAUGCCUCGUGUAUUCCUUUGGGUUUGGCAAUUUCAAAAAUGUAGCUAUUUUGAAGGGAGCUUUACCUACAGUAUGUAUGCCUAUAGGUUGUUUAUUACAUUUUCCUUUAUUGUAAUUAAUAAAGAGAUGUCGAUGAGGAACGUUCUACUUCCUAUACAAAUUUAGCUCUUUUUCCAUAUUAAUAAUAAAUGAUCUUGAUUUGUUUCUGUUGGUGUUUGAAAUUUUAACCAAAAGCAUAGUUUGUUUAUCUUCUACGUCGUCAAUUAAUAUAUUAGUGAUUUCUUUCCGUCGACAUGCUCCAGUAUUAAUCAAAAACAUUUUGGUCCUUAGAUAUUGUAUUCUCUGAAGCUUCUAAUAAAAACUUAUCGAUAUCCUCUUUAUUAAGUACUCUAGACUUUUUUGCUUUAUACCCUACGGAUUUUUUCUUUAUAAACGUUGUUAAUUUAAAAUAUUUGCUUAUGUCGAUAUUUCUUCUGGUACGUAGCAUGACCUUCAGCAUCGAAUAUAAACUCCACAACGAAGAAGAUUUCAGCGUUUCUCAUUUUUAUGACAAAUACGCCAAUAACACAUCCUCACAAAUGCUUAUUACAUUCUUUUCCAGGCACCACUUUUCAAAAAUUUGGUAUGUUUGUUCAUAUCGUGUCCGGGAUCGAAAAAUUCUGUGGCUGAUACACUUGCUUCCAAGCCAUUUUCUUUCACACACACACACACAUCGUCUCCGGGACUUCGACGGUAAUAAAUCAAACGUUGCUUGGGUGGCCGCCUUAACAAUUUCAUCUGGUAUAAUUUCAUCCUCCAUUAAUUCACAAUCAAAGGCAUCAAUUGAAUAUCCAUUUUAUAAUAAAUGUCACGUUUUCAACUAAACGUCAAAAUAUGUCAAGUUAUUUUAUAGUUCUAAAUAAUACAAAACUCGUUUACUAUAGAAAAUAAUUGACCACUAUCUUAGACUAACUGUUUUAUUAUUUUUUUUUAUUAAAGGUAGACCGAAAAGUAAAUAAAAAUUAGUCAGGUAAAAGCUUUUACGGGACUAUCACAAUAAUUUUCUGGCUCGGCCCGACAAAAUGAGAUUUUCUGACCUAAAAAUAAACCGGAAUGUACUAAUUUCUAACCCGUUAAAAAAAUAAUCGAAUAAUCAUUUAAAAUCCGCUUGGAAUUCAGUAUGGAAAGAAUUUUUUUGUAAAAUUUUAACUCUGGAUUUUUUAUUUGCAAGCAGCAGUAGCUAUAGGCGUUGUUGAGUAGUUGUGGAAGUUAAAAAUCGAUAAUUUAGAGGGUUUCCCAGCUUCACUUGGGAAAAAACAUUAGAUAUUUAUAAGAACAAAAACACAACUAGGAGCAAUUAGAGAAUUGUUUCUCAUGUUAAUUUGUACUUUUAUCUUCUCUCGAAAUUCAUUAAAUGAUGUCUUAAGUAUUCGAAAAUAAUUGAAAGUAACCAAUAUAAAUGCACAGUAAAGUUGUCUUUUUUGAAAAAUAGGAUGAACCCAAACACUUCUCAGGGGUUUUUUUCUUAUAUCGGUAGGGACAAAAAAACCCGGACCUGACGUUCAUCUGGACCGUGAGUUCCCGGUUUUACUGAACCUAUUUUAUUCGUAAAGAAAUGAGAGUGUGAGAAAGAAUUAUUUUCAACAUGUUACAUCUUAGUUUGUGAUAUUCAGCAGCGAAUUAAAUUUUUGAUGGAAAUCCGGUGAUUUGUAAUUGCCGAGGAAAUUUUUUGUGACGUCGACAGAAGCCAACCAUGCAUUUUUCACAAUAGGGUUGAAGUUCGAUGAAAAAUCAGCAUUUUCGGCUAAUUUUCUUAUAUCGGGAUCGAUGAAAAUGUGUUUUAGGAAACAAAAAUUCACUUGUGUCUUUGGAAAGUGCUUUCACAAAACUAUAUCAAAUCAAGUUGUAUAACUGCGAUAAAAUGAGAUGGUACUAAUCGUUAGUUUUUUAAAUUUUUUUCAACAAACACAAAUACGGAUCUUAAAGGCCAGUUUGGUUUAAUAAAUAGAUCUUAUCGCACUUUGCUACCACAUUAACAUAUAAAACAAUGAAAUUUCGUAUAGACAAUUUGCAGCUGUAAUUAAAUCCACUACCUUUAAAAGUGCCACUUGUGUUUCUAUAAUUAAUAUUUUCCGUAGAUUGUUGAAUACACAAGAAUGCACAUAAAUAGAAUGUUAUGAAAGAAAUUACGACUUUUUAAACUUAAAUAAGAACCUCAAGUUUGUUGUCGAUCUGAAUAAACCGCGAACACACAAUUUUAUAGACGAUAAAAACAGACGCAAAAAUAGUCGACAUCGAAAAGCAAAUUAAACGUUAGUAAGAAUAUGUAUUGGAACUACUGGAUGGAUAGAUUAGAUUACGAAACUAUAAGGGUGCGGAAGACGUGUGCAAAACAAUAAACUGACAACGAGAUAUUGAACAAAAACAAUUAAUAAUUCAAAAUUGUCACUCCACACAAGUUUCUCUGUGUGAUAUGGAUGUUGAAAUCCGUCUUACUACAUCUUAAAUUACUUUUAUUCGUAUUUAAGUUAAAAUAAAUGAAAUAAAUAGAUAUUAACAGCUUCUUAAAUAUGUUUUAAGUAAUUUUAAAAAUUUAGUAGGUGUGGCAAUUGAAACGAGAUGGGGUUCGUAGAAGGUGGCUAUUAAUUAACGUGACGAGCUGUAGUGAAAAUUUUUAAUGUUAUCAAUUUAUUUAUUGUUAUUUUCAAUAUACACUAGGUUAAAGCGAAA